GAGGAGAGCCGGACGGCAGAAGCAGCGUCAGGUGAGUCUGCGGAGCCUCACCUAGGCUCACUUCCUGUUUGACCGUAAAAGGUCAGGAUGAGGUCAGCCUGAUCAAGAGCAGAGCUGGAGACCGGCUAGAAAACUACUGCUAGAUGCUGGAAGAGGCUCCUGGAGGAGAUCUAUGCUGAUCACAUCUAUGCUGAUCAUAUCUAUGGUGUCUGGCAGGAUGAUCUGCUCAGUGUUGAUCUGCUGGCUCCUCCUGGUUGCCAGGGGCGAUGGGAAGCCCACAGAGCAGCGGACCAGGGUCCAUCAGGAGGAGCCACUCAGCACCCUGCGACACGACGACAAGCAGAACUUUGACUACGACCACGAGGCGUUCCUCGGGCAAGACGAGGCCAAGGCCUUCGACCGCCUGUCGCCUGAUGAGAGCAAACGUAGACUCAGCAUCAUCGUGGAUCGGAUUGACAGCAACAAGGAUGACUUUGUCUCGGAAGACGAGCUGAGGCUCUGGAUCGAGGCCGUCCAGAGCCGGCACAUGUUUGAGGAUGUUGAACACCAGUGGAGCGAAUUCGACCUGAACCAGGAUGGCCUGAUCAGCUGGGACGAAUACAGGAACGUCACGUAUGGCAGCUACCUGGACGGCCCUCUGACAGAGACGGAGUACAACUACACCCACAUGAUGGCAAGGGAUGAGAGGCGCUUUAAGGUGGCCAACAGGGACAGAGACAUGAGCGCAGACCGGCAGGAGUUCAUGGCCUUCCUCCACCCAGAGAACCAUGAGUACAUGAAGCAGGUGGUGGUGCAGGAAACCAUGGAGGACAUAGACAAGAACGGAGACGGCUUCAUCGACCUCAAGGAGUACAUCGGUGACAUGUUCACCGCAGAGAACGGAUUGGAGGAACCGGAGUGGGUCGCCUCAGAGCGUCAGCAGUUCUCAGAGUUCAGAGACAAGAACCAGGACGGGAAGAUGGACCGAGAGGAAACUCUGGACUGGAUCCUCCCGGCAGACUACGACCAUGCUGUCGCCGAGGCCAAGCACCUGUUGCAUGAGUCUGACUCCAACAAGGACGGGAGACUUACCAAGGAGGAAAUCCUCAACAAGUUUGACCUGUUUGUGGGAAGCCAGGUGACGAACUAUGGCGAGGCGUUGCUGCGACACGAUGAGUUCUAGAAACGUCCCAAGUCCAUUGCUAAUUUAUUACUGACCUGUAGAGGAGAGAAGUUCUGCUCUGGGUUUUGAUCUUGGUUCUGAUCCGGUCUGCCUGGUAGAUAUUUGUCUGAGGAAGACCUGCAGGAUUAUUCCACUCUAAGUCUGGU